AUGGGCGAUCCCCCGUGUAAGACUGAGGUGGAGGAGGACAUUCCAGUCCAUGUGACCACAGAAAAUCUCAAGAAUUCUGAGGAAAAUGUCAUAUUAACAGUAGACUAUAAAGAAAAAGAAGAAGAUAUCGGGCAGCACUCUUCAGAAGAAAACCUAAUUACCUGUAAUGUACAUCAAGGACUUAACUGUACAGACCCGUCAUAUAAUCCUCCUAAUCAUGAGGAACCUGCUCCUGACCAAUCACAGAUUGUUACCACAAUUAUUGGGCAGGAAGGGGGUAAAAGAUUUAAUUGUGGGGAAUGUGGAAAACAGUUAAAAACCAAAUCCACUCUCAAAGUCCACAGAAAAAUUCACAUUGGAGAGAAAGCAUUUUCAUGUCGAGAAUGUGGAAAAUGUCUUACAAAUAAAGCAAGUCUUGUUAUACAUGAGAGAAUUCACACAGGAGAGAAGCCAUUUUCAUGUUCAGAAUGCGGGGAAGGUUUUAAAAGGAAAUCAGAACUUGUUGCCCAUCAGAGAAAACACACAGGAGAGAAGCCGUAUUCAUGUUCAGAAUGUGGAAAAUAUUUUGCGAGAAAAGCCAUACUUCAAGAACAUCAGAGAAUUCACACUGGAGAGAAACCAUUUUCAUGUUCAAUAUGUGGGAGCCGCUUUAUAUGUAAAUCAAGUCUUACUAAACAUGUGAGAACUCACACAGGAGAGAAGCAAUUUGCAUGCUCAAUGUGUUCAAAAUGUUUUUCAAAUAAACUCGGUCUCGUUAUACAUGAGAGAAGUCACACAGGAGAGAAGCCAUUUUCAUGUUCAGAAUGCGGGAAAGGUUUUACAAAUAAAUCAGAUCUUGUUAAACAUCAGAGAUAUCACACAGGAGAGAAGCCGUAUCCAUGUUCAGAAUGUGGGAAAAGCUUUGUUACAAAAACCAAACUUAAAGAUCAUCAGAGACUUCACACAGGGGAGAAGCCAUAUUCUUGUUCAGUAUGUGGGAAAUGUUUUGCAGAGAAAUCAUAUCUUAGUAGACAUGAGGAAAUUCACAUAGAUAGAUCAAAUGUAAUUAUAUCUCAAGAAGGUCAAACUGUGCAACUGCAAGUGCUAUAAAGAUAUAUUGGGUUUUAUUAUACAUCAGAGAAUUUACAGGAGUGAAGCCCUUUUCAUGUCCAGAAUGUAGAAAAUGUUUUACAAGUUAGUCAAUUCUUGAUGUAUAUCAGAGAUUUCAGACAGGAGAGAAGCUAUUUACAUGUUCAGAAUGUGGAAAAUAUUUUAGACAAAAGUCAAGUCUUGUUGCACAUGAGAAAAAUCACACGAGAGAUAAAUGAUUUUGAUGUUCUUUAGGUACUAUAUGUUCUACAACAUCAUAAAAUCAAAACACCCAAAUUUGAUUAACCUGAGGUCAACAUGUGAUCAGGAUCAAUGGAGGAAAAGUAUUGUGGAUUUGAGGAAGAAAAUAAGAGCCUUGUUUACUGUAGAGCAGUGAAGAUGAAUUGUCACAAUGAACCUUGCUUCCUACUGUAUUCAUACCUCAACUCCAGGCUCGGACUCACCCACAGGGAAACAGGUGAAUACCUCGGUGGUCCACUGACAAAGAUGGGCCCUCACUAAUCCAUUACAGCCUCUCAGCCAGCCUACAUCCAUACAACUCAGUGGUUAAGGUGACUUCUCGGUACAAAAGCAAGCCAGACAGUAUCAUUUUUCCCCAGGGACCCAACUUCUCAAAGUUUUUGCAGGAAUCACCAUAAUGAAUCAUCUUGAGUGUCUUAUUGCUGCCUGCUGCUAUGUGAGUAGGUAAUAUUUGCAUGUAGCUGUACAAUGGGCUUCCAGAAUGAAUUUUACUGGUGGGCUCUAGGCACCCUCGUCUGACACUGUUCCACCCACACUGCAGGAGAAUUCAGAGGAACAUAGCAAAAAAGGAAGGACUUCCCUUAGAGACUUUUAGGUAACAUAGUGGACAUAUUGAUAUUUUAUAUUCAUUUGUACAGUAUAGAAAGAUAAAGGUGAUGGGGAAAAUAAUAACUUAAAUUUGUAAUAAUUUGUUACACAAAAUAUUCAUAGAUCUACCAAAUCCUUCUCUGCCUUGAAUACCCGGCGAUGUCCCUUUGGCAAAAUCAACCUACAGCAGGUGCUUAUUAAAGAGUCUUAUUCACAUACUAUAUGUGUAUUUUGGUCAGUAUGUAAUGUCCGUAUUUCUAACCCAAACUUAGGAGUAGGUCUAAAACAUGGAAAACAUGACCAUAUCUUAAUUAAAUUCUAAUUUUGUUUGAGCGUUUGCCUUGUAUCUGAAUCUGUGUGUGGUUAUUGCCUUCUCUGAUUGAUAAGGGUGGAGUCGCUGAUAGAUGAGACUUUUAUAUAUCCAGACUUUACUCCAUUCUAGUUAUUGGUAUAGUGUUUGCCAUGUGCAUUUUGGUUCUAGUCCUGUGUGUUUUAUGUUUAUUCUGGGAACUGUAUUUCCACCAUUUCUUGCUGCGUUUGGUUUUUAUCUGUUGUUUUGUCCUGGCUGAUUUUACAAAUCGACUAAGUUCAAUAUUGCCUCUUUUCUGCUCACUAUCAUUCAUUCACUAUCUUCACAUGUGCCACACAUCUGCCACCCACUCCAUUGAUGGAUUAUCUCCUUCUGUGACCCACAGCAUUCAGUUCCUAUCCACCGGUGAUUUUUGUUUUAGUGUCAUAUUUUUUGCCAAUGUUGAAACAUGUUUCAUUUGUGAUAUGUUUGCAACUGUCUGUUGGGCAGUUCAGCCCUUCUGGAAGUCCUUGGGGUAUGAGUACAAAGAUCUAUUGUUAUCUAUUGGACUGGCAAAGGUAAAGUCCAGUUCUGCAGUCUGUGUUGUUGCCAAUACAAGAUACUCACCACAAGACACAGAUGUCAAUGAGGCCGUACUGUCUACUGGUCUCUUACAUGUGAGGUAUGGUUUCCUAUUCUUCCAUGAAGAAGCAUAACAUUCUUAUAAAGGGUAAGGAUUACUAGAGCGCACAAGGACUAAACAUUAAAGUAUAAAGCUUUAAUACAAAAACUGUAUAAUUGUGUUAUUAUCCACACAGCAGGGAUUCUACAUGAGCCGGUCCUGACACAAUCAUCUCCCAUCAACCUGCUCUGUACAUUAUAACAUUGUUGUGAUCAUAGAUACACUAACAGCUCAGCUUCAUAUGAUUCGGUCAUGUAACCAGUGGUACGGCCACUUCUCCAAAGUCUCCCAAGAGACAUUUUUCAAUAACUGCCAGGCUGCAUAUUUCUUAUGCUACUGUGAGCAGGAUGUGUGUAAACGUGCUACCAUGGCCGCAGUGUCUCCAGACUUGUCUCCCAUCAAGCAAUUCUGGGAAAUUGGAUGGAAAUUGCAAAUGGAGCUGCCAUCAGCUGAUCUUGAUGAUUUGCGUGCCCAAGUGCAUUCAGCAUGGUAGAACAUUCCUCAGACCACCAUUAAUAACCUCUUUGAUGGCAUGCCAAGACGUGUAAGUGUGUGUAUAUCUGCACGUGGCACUUAUACCCCAUACUGGACAAAUUGAGAUAUUUUGAAUGUGUUGCCUAUCAUUUAUAUGUAUAUUGAUCCUGUGAUUUCCAUAAUGCCAUGUAUUUUCAUUCUUGAUGUUGAAAUUUCAAUGUUGAAGAGUGUAAAUACUUUAAAAACCUUUUGUGACUUUUUAAAUAAAAACAUCUUGAA